AUGGUGGUCACUUCCCUUCAUUGGCAUGUGGUGUGUUUGGUGAUCUUGUGCUUAUGUUUAUGUGGCUUUGGACAUGCUUUAUAUCCGGCCAUGUAUGUUCUUGGGGCCUCCCAACUGGAUGCUGGUAAUAACAAUUAUCUUGUCACACCAAUCAAAGUCAACUUCCAUCCUUACGGUAUUGACUUUCCCGGCGGUGAGGCCACCGGCCGGUUUAGCAAUGGCGACAUCAUUACCGACUAUCUAGCUAAACAUGUUGGGCUUGAGGCAUCACCUAAACCAUAUCUCAGUCCAAGCUUCAACACAAACAAAACCACUGAGUUUCUCAAAGGAGGGCUUUGCAUCGCUUUCAGUAAGCAAGUAGACUACUUCAAUGAAACAGUGGAAGCCAUUGCGAAGCAGAUUGGUCCUAGAGAAACGUAUAAACACAUCUCCAAAUCCUUCAUUGUUAUCAACAUUGGAAACAAUGACAUACUUGUUUAUAAUGGUGUUGGUUUCUCUUCCAUAAUACUUAAUGGCACUCCUCCUGAUCAGUAUGUGGAUCAAUUAAUAUCUUCACUACAACCACUUCUCAAGAAUAUAUACAAUCUUGGUGGCCGGAAGUUUGUAAUCAUUGGAGCAGGAGCUCAAGGAUGCCUGCCAGUUCUAAGGGCUAGACAAGCAACAGGAGACUGCAUUGAAGAUGCAAAUUAUCUCUCAAGAUUAUUCAAUCAAAGAUUAGCUUCACUGAUGCAAGACUUACAAUCAAGUCUUGGUGGCCUCAAAUACUCUUUUUUCAAUCCCUACCCUGCUUUUGUUGAAUUAAAUAAUAACCGUGGAACAAAUGGAUUUACCGAAGUUAAAGUUGCAUGUUGUGGAGCAGGCAAUCUCAAUGGCACCAUUCCAUGCAAUAGAACAACCAUCCCUUGUUCAAACAGAACAAACCAUGUAUUCUGGGAUGGUGUUCAUAACACACAGGCUGUUGCUAAAGUGUAUAUGAACAUCGCUUUCCAAGGGUCAGCUCCUUAUGUUUAUCCUAUUAAUGUGAAGCAAUUGAGUGAUUAA